AUGAGAGAUCCUGAUAGCCACCCCACCCAUGUCCUUGACCUCCCACAGCUUCAUACCAAACCUCCUGCAAGCGAUAUUCUCCAGGCCUUAGACCUACUCAAAAUUCGCCCGCACGCCUUUACUGAAGAGACUUCAGGUCAAAGGGCUGUACAGCUGCAGGCCGGAGGUAUCUGCAGGUACCUCACUUCGGUAGUUGGUAGCUCGUUGUCUUGGAUCGACUCGGAUAGUUCAAGAGAGAGUAUAUGGGAUGCUGCAAGCGCCAGGCUUUGCGAACGAGCAGGCAGAAAUGCCAUGCCUUCUAUGUCCAGAGAAUUCACCAUUCCACUGAACACUGUUUCCGAGUUCUUGAUCACCCUACAUGAGCCAUCGCUGACCUCUGACAACCUCGGAAAUAAAACUUGGGUCUCUUCGUAUUUGCUUUCUAAACGUCUCCACACCCUCCAUUCCUCCGCCUUGGUUCCUUCUUCGGGAGAUCAAAAUAUUCCCUUACGGAGCCUCGAGCUUGGAGCAGGUACUGGUCUAGUGGGCAUAUCUUUCGCUGCAAUAUGGGGCGCUGCAACUACCGUUCAUCUCACAGAUCUACCUCCAAUUGUGCCUAAUCUUACGCAUAACGUAUCUUUAAACAACGAUCUUAUUUCCGAGACUGGGUCAAGCAUUACCACUGGCGUAUUAGAUUGGUCACUCCAGUUCGGCAUCUCUCUGCAUAGUGCUGAUAAGUACGAUGUCGUCCUAGUUGCUGAUCCACUAUACUCCCCUGAUCACCCUAGGUGGCUCGCUCAAGCGAUAGAGGUACAUCUCUCUUCGAAAUACCGGUCAAGGCUCAUUUUGGAGCUACCUCUACGAGAAGUAUACUUACCACAGGUCUACGAACUCAAGAAAAGAUUACACAACUUGGGGCUAAGGGUCCUCGAAGAAGGAGAAGAGAUAGGCUAUGACGACUGGGCUACUAAGGACGGUUUACCUGUCGGGGUUCGCUGCUGGUGGUCGGUAUGGGCUUGGGAGCCGCACAUGGGUGAACACGUUGGUCAGCGAUGA